UUUAUAAUUCACUAAUUAUUAAUGGCAUCAAAUAAAAAAGAACAAAUAAAAGUUGAUGGAAUCCAUAAUAGCAGAUAUGGACGAUUUAGAGAUAAUAGGAAUUAAAAUGAAAAGGAUAAAGUAAACUUAAAAAUAAUUUUAGCAUUAAGUACCUUUUUUAGUAAGAACACAUUGGAAAUAUGGAUAAAUUACAUUAGAAGACUUUAAUAAAAAUUAAACUUAAGAAAUAUUGCUUUAUUUAUUGUAAUAAUUAUCGCUAUUAGAAAAUGAUUAGUUUAAGUUCGAAAUUAAGAGAUAUUGUGGAUCAAUUAAAAUAUUAAUUGGAUGGGGUUUAUAGAAGAGAUAUAUCAUUUAAAGUUAGUAAUGUCUAUUUGGAUUAACAUGGUGUAUAAAAGAAAAAAGAUCUAGGGAUAGUCCAUUCUGUAAAGUCAGGAAAAGAUGAUGAUACUGAUCUUAAAGAACAUGGAUUUAAGAUUGGAGAUAUUUUAAUGGUUGAAAUAGAAACGAAAAGUUAAAAUAAAUAGCCUAUUUCUUAAAUAGCUAAAGAAUGAUUAAUUUUAUAUAAUAAAUUAAUUUAACAGAGUACAA